AGGGUGGGCAUGAUUUGGUGUGUUGCACACCAGUCACUUUAACCUUAUUGUUUAAGUAGAGAAGGAAGAUUCAUGUCCUUGAUCACCAAUUGGUGCUUCAUUGCCUUACAACAAGGAACUUUUGCUUUGUCAGUACAAGUGAUCAGUGAUCUUGUUCCUAGACAUUCUCUUUGAUUUUCGAUGGGCAGGAGAAAACAAGUUUUGGGUAUGAGUACCAAAGAGACUCGUUGAGAAGAAGAGAAUAAUGACAUGAAGGGUUGAAGGAGAUGAUGGUCUUGUAUCAGUUCUAUUUCCCUAGGUACUUGUCUCCUCUAGCAAAUCAUUGGAAAUGAGGUAGGAGAGCU